AUGACCUUUCCGUCGUCCAUCAUGUUCGACCGAAGAGCGUCCGACUCCACGCGGCACAAUGUAACCAUGACGGAAAUAUGGGUGGAAUACUCGAUAGGUCUGGCCAUUCUUCUGUGCCGCAUCAUCUGCCGGUGUCUAUCCGUGGGUUCCAAGUGGGAUGGAGACGACUACUGCUCGGUUGCCGCCGUGUUUCUCUGGACGGUGAGCAAAAAGAAGCAAAACAGCAUGGCAUGGAUUCUGGACCGACUCGCUAAUUCCUCUCCCGCAAAGGCAAUGGUAACUUUGGUGUCCUACAUAGCACGCAAGACCGCGAGUAUCGCCACGAGAGGCCAUCGUCUCAACACAAGGAUGACAGAUGACGAGGAGAAUAUUAUUGUCGUCAGCCGCAAAUGCGUCCUGGUGCUCUGGUGCGGCUACGUUCUGUUAAUCUGGCUGCUAAAGGCGUGCAUGUUGUUUCUGUACCAGAGGUUGACGCUGAACCUCAAGCAGGAGAGACUGGUGAAAAUCACGGCGUGGAUUUGCGCGGUUGCCUUCAUCGCCGCCAUAGCCGUGGUCCUGGGACACUGCUCGCCCAUACAUAAGAAGUGGCAAAUCACCCCUUAUCCCGGCGACGCCUGUGUUCUCGGAACCCCUAUAUACUACGCUAUUAUGGCCACCAACGUCCCGACCGACUUGCUGAUUGCUGUCAUCCCCAUCCCGCUGCUCCUGACGGUGCAGCUUCCGUGGAAAAAGUACGCGACGCCUGCGUGCGGAGUUUUCAUCGUCAUUGCCACGAUCCUCCGAUGCGUCUUGUCCCUGCAGCACCUUCGAUCGCCCCACGAUCGAACCGUGUGGUCCAUCAGAGAGGCGGCGAUUGGCAUCGUGGCCGCCAACAUGCCCAUCGUCGGGCCCUGGCUUGCCCGAGGCGUGCGCCGAGUCCCAAGCCUGAGGUCGAGACAAGCGUCCGCGUACGGGGCAGACGGCACCAAGGCUUCGCCGGCUGGCACGCAUGAGCUGUCGGUUCUGGACAAAGGCGCAAAGGAGAAGAGCGGGCGCAAGGGGCUGGGGUGGACGACCAUGGACGGCGAGAGCAACGAGUGCAUGGUCGAGGAGGCCGACCACCAGAUGCAUGCUGGUCUGAGCAGGGAGAGGAGCAGGGACACUAACGCCAGCUCCUCCUCCGCCCGUGCUGUAGAAGGCCCUCCGGCGCAGGACAUAGGCAUUAGCCAAGCCAUCUAUUAG